AUGGAUGCGCUUACCCAGGAGAUCAUCCGGGUCGACCGUCCCGCUACAGGUGGUAAGGGUGAGGGUCUGACCGAGCAGACCUUCAAGAGAGACAUCAUUGGUCACUGCAAAGACUCGGACUAUGUGCCAGAGUUGCUUCCUGGUGGUACACGCAAGGAUCUGAAGCCGCUGAACGUGGUUCAACCCGAAGGUCCUUCCUUCCGCAUUACCGAGGAGUCGCUCGUAGAGUGGCAGAAGUGGCGGUUCCGCGUGGCCUUCAACCCCCGCGAGGGUGCUACCAUUCACGACGUCUGGUACGAUGGCCGCAGUGUGCUUUACCGACUGAGUGUUAGUGAGAUGACUGUACCCUAUGCCGAUCCUCGCCCUCCGUUCCACCGCAAGCAGGCGUUCGACUUUGGUGAUGGUGGUGGUGGAAAUAUGGCCAACAACCUCUCGAUCGGAUGCGAUUGCCUCGGUGUUAUCAAGUACUUUGAUGCUGUGAUGACGGGUGCCGAUGGUACGGCCAAGAAGAUGCCCAACGCCAUCUGCUUGCAUGAGCAGGAUAACGGUAUUGGCUGGAAGCACUCUAACUGGCGAACCGGUCGCGCAGUGGUGACCCGUCACCGGGAACUAGUUGUGCAGUUCAUCAUCACCCUGGCCAACUACGAGUACAUCUUUGCUUACAAGUUCGACCAAUCGGGCGGCAUCACGGUCGAGUCGCGCGCCACUGGUAUCUUGAACGUGGUCAACAUCGACGCUGGCAAGGUCAGCGAGUACGGCAACGUCGUCAGUGGCGGCGUUUUGGCCCAGAAUCACCAGCACAUUUUCUGUGUGCGCAUCGACCCUGCUAUCGACGGGCCCAACAACUCGGUGCAGGUGGAAGAGUCCCAUCCGGUGCCCAUGAACGCGGUCACCAACCCGAAUGGCAACUUCUACAAGGUCAACACAGAGACCAUGGAGCGCGCUGGCUUCUUCGAUGCCGCGCCGGAGCUUAACCGUACUGUCAAGAUGGUCAAUCCUCACAAGAAGAACCCGAUCAGUCAGAAGCCCGUUGGAUACAAGUUCAUUCCGCUGGCGACACAACGACUACUGGCCGAUCCCAACUCCAUCCAAGCGAGACGCGCACAAUUUGCUCAGCACCACGUGUGGGUGACCAAGUACCGCGAUGGCGAACUCUAUGCCGGUGGCCGGUACACGCUCCAGAGUCAGGAGGAAAUCGAGGGUGUGUCGGACGCAGUGAAGCGAGGUGAUUCCGUGGUGGACACAGAUGUUGUGGUUUGGAGCACCUUUGGCAUUACCCACAAUCCUCGUGUAGAAGAUUGGCCUGUGAUGCCUGUUGAGAUCUUCCAGCUGAUGAUCCGACCUGCGGAUUUCUUCACCGCUAAUCCGUCGUUGGAUGUGCCAUCCGACAAGAACGUCUCUUCGCGGGUGGUCGGCAACGACUGCUGUCGUAAUGCACACAUCUAA